AGUGCGGCCCGUGCGUUCACCGGGAGCGGUUCAUUCGCUGCUGCUUACACUACAUCGCGACCAUCUGACAGACUGAAAAAAAUUACGUAAAUAUUACGACACCCACACAUUGAUUAUGAAAGAAUUGUAAAUUAGUGAGCCUCCGUUCGGCCCUCUAUACACGAAACUGAAAAUCAACGCUCAGAGAGCAUGGAGCGACGUGUUUGAAUGUGCGAUCCUGUUGGACUCUGAUGUGACGUUCCCGCCAAAAUGGUUUAGACCUAAUCAAAAGGUGUGCCAAUUUCGUUGCCAAAUAUGAGACUCUUUAAUAGGACUGAUUUAUUAUAAAUAAGACUCGAAAUAAAGCCAUCGUAUCAAUGAUACGGUGAAAAAUCAUUUUAAAAAAAUGGGACGUCGACGUUGGAAGUUCGUGACAAUCACAGCAUUCCUCUUCUGCGUUAUAAAAGAUACGCAAUGUCAAGAUGAAAACGAUUAUUUCUACACACCGGUAGAAAGGAAUUUUGCUCAAGUUCAACCACCAUUAUUUUCUAACAAUCGUCCAGCAACGUUCUUUGAACAAGACAUCAAUUUUAGACCACAACCAACACCACAAAUUUCACACAAUGAAGGGCAUGUACGAUUCCCUAGUCCUAACUAUAAUCAAAAUCCGUCGCCUUUUCAAUUACCCACAGGCAGAAGUCAGUCUGGGUCCCAAUACUAUGUAAAUCAAGCAGACUUUAGUCCUCCGCAAAGACAAAGGUUUCGGCCUUACAGUUUUCAAACUGUACAUCCAGCGUCUACAAAAAGACCUGAAGCACCACCAAUACAUUCGGUUGCAUACCAGAAUGAUCCAUCUAAGCAAGAAACAUUUUUAGGACAGAUAACAAUAAAUAAUCCUGACAUUGACUUUUUACAAAAUACUAGAUUCAAAAAUAUACCAUUUGACAACAAUAGCCUUAAAAGUAAUGGACAAAGUGGGCAUAUUUCGCAUGAUGAAGAAAUUGAAAACGAUAACCAAGAUCUCUAUGAUCAUCACAGAGUUACUACUUAUAACCCUAGUCGAUUAACAAAUAAGCCUAGUUCAUCACUAAGAGCCACUCAAUUUCCGAACUACGAUUCAGAAUUAGACGAGAAUUUUAGUAGCCCACAGAAAAAAGUAUUAGACAGACAUAAUUACAAAAUAUCAAAAUCAGAUCCUGUACAACAUCAUAGUUCUUCAACAGAAUAUAAAGCUCUUCUCGAUCUGGAACCUCUCCUUGAGGAUGACAUAAGUGACAUUAGUUCGUUUAGAGAAUUAAUGAAAAACAAACAGGUCUCUUAUGAUGUCCAAGUUAUAAAAUCAAACCAUUCUGAUAAUUUAGAUGCAGAAUCAAUCAAUGAUAACCGACCAGAUGCAAGCUCGAUGAAUUCUGAUAAUAUCUCUAAACCUGCUAAAGAAGAGAAAUCGUAUAUUAUAACAUCAUCUUCUCCAAUAACGUCUUAUUCUACUACAACUACAACAGAAAAACCUGAUGAGAACCAUAAUGAAAAUACAAGCCAUGAAGUUGAAGAAGGUGAAGAGUAUGAGUACUAUGAUGAAGUAGAUGAAACUGAAAUAAAACGUACUACCCAAGCCGCCCCCACUGAAAGUGCAACUGAUUUUUAUGACGAAUAUGACUCUGUUGAAGAAUUUGAAAAAGAUACCGAUGAAAAAGUUAUAGAUGAAACAAAAUCAAAUACAACGAAGUCAUUUGAUAUAUUAGUAAUGAAACCAGGUAACUCAAUGGUUAAAGAUGACAAUUUUAAACAGUUUGUCGAUACAACUAUUAUUGAUCAAAAUGACCAAGUGACUCCCGACACAACACCUAAAAAUGAAAAGGAGUUAGAAAUAAGUAGUGAUGAAGUUAGUUCGGUGGAAUCACCAUCAAUUUUAGGGCAAGAAGUUGUAUCUGUAGUAACUACAAAAAGUGUCGUUAAUGGUACCAUUUCUAUACCUGAUGUAACUUUUGCACCCAGUACUGCUAAAAUAUUUGUAGGGACGGAAGAUAAAUCUUCAUCUAUUGAUGACCAAGAUGAAACUAUUCCAAUAACAACUGAGAAUGUUAUUGUAGUAGCAUCAGUACAGACAAGUCGAAGUGUAUCUGGAGCACGUUUCUUACCGUUUGCACCAGUAGGACAAGAGGAUAAAAAGCAAAUUUUAAGUGAAGAAAACGAAGAUGAGAGAGAUGAACCAGUAACCAAAGAUCCGGGACCAGACAUAAGUAGUCUGAACAGCUCUUCAUCGACUGAAAAUAUAAAUGAUAAACUGGAUAGUAUACAAUCAGAACUAUCAAGUGCAGUUCUAUCAGGCACUUUGGACAAACAAAAUAAAAAUAUUGAACUUAUUACAGAGUCUACUACAGACCAAACUGUAAACACAACAACUACCUCGACAACAUCAACGACUACGUCAACAACUACAACAGCUCAACCUAAUGUAUUUACUCUGAAGAGUACUCAACCAACAACUUCAACAGAAAGAUCAUCACCUGAUCCUCUUCCUGUUUUAAUCAAGAAAUUUACACCAAGACUCAUGACUUCUACAACUCCAAAACCAAAAAAGAAACUUGUUACAGUAAUGGACGACCUAUCAGGUCUUUUACCACCGGGAUAUAGACCUAGACAAUCCUUCAAAGACAAACGCACGAGUACAACAACUACUACAACAACCACCACUACCACUACUAAUGCGCCGACACCAAUCGAAGAACCUAAUGGCACACAGGGGCGUUCUUCCGGUAUAAAUACUAAAAACCGAGUUAUUGUAUUAGACAUAAAAUCUUUACUUCCAAAAGAAUAUAAACCCAAGGAAAAGUCUCCAGAUGAUCUCAUUAAAAAAUUCCAAAGAGAUGAUAUUAGUAAAUUACUUCCUCCUGGUUAUAAACUGUCAACUGAACUUCCAGGUAUAAAAGAAACUACAAAGUUAUUAGAUAUUUUGAAUAAAACAGAGGAAGUAGAUAUCUCUGCAUUCCUUCCAAAAGGUUUCAAUUUGAAUACCACAGCUUUAACAGAAAAGCCUAAAAUUAAUUUACCUAUAAAUAUCGUACCCGCUGAUAUCACAGCAUUUUUACCGCCUGGUUUUAAACUAAAUGCUACAGAAAGUGAAAGAAAAGAGCCUAUUAUACCCAACAUAAAAAUUGCUGAUGUAUCAAAUUUGCUACCACCUGGUUUUAAAUUAAAUAAUACGGAAGAGCCUGUACCUAAUUUAACAACCAAAGCUCCAGGAGGAUUUAAACUAGUCUUUCCAUCUAGACCAGGUGGUAAAUCAUCUAGAAAAACUACUGCGAAACCGAGUGGAGGCCUUGGCCCAAGUCCUGUUACACCUAAGAUUCAAAAAGGCUGGCCCACAAGAGCAUCAACAGAAUUCACCGGUUGGCCAUCACCUUCUACAACACCUUUCUCUAUUGAAAAGUUGCUUGAAGCACAAAGAAACGCUACUGCUACCAGUCCAAUGACAGAGUUUAGCACCGAACCAACGACUAGACGUGUAACAACAACGACCACGACUACACCAGCGCCACCUCCUUCGACUACACCUGGUGUAUGUAAAAAAGAAUGCGAUAUUGCUGCUACAAUUAAAAUUGUUGCAGGUGUAAAAUGGAUACCAGAGUUUUUAGAUCGUCAUACAGAGGAAUGGCAAAAUUUAGCUAACGAAGUGAAAGAUGAGCUGAAUUCGGUUUAUUCAAAAUCUGACACACUGAAGAAAUGGUACAAGAAUAUACGUAUUGAUGGCUUCAGUCCAGGUUCUGUAUUGGUCGACUACUUCAUUGAACUUAAUGAAGUUAAUGAAAGGAUCGAUACUAUUGAUUUAAAGAAAAUGUUCCAUCGAUCUCUUCAUGAAGCGAAACCAGGAACCGUAGUGGAAACAAUAACUGAAGAUUCGGUGGAAUCAUUUGACCCUGAUGCCAUGUUAGGAGAUCAACCAGAAGAGGAUAGAAUGAAAAAAAGCAACCAACAGAUGACUAAAACUAUUGAUAAGUCAGCUGGAAAAUUGGAAAUCGGAAAGUUUGUUAUGGAUCCAGCGUAUACGGAAUUUAUCGUUUUACCAAAACGUGGAGAGCCGAAGCCAAUUGAGCCUGAAGAAGAAUCUUUCCUUCCUCAAUGGGGUAUUGCAGUUAUUGUAAUAGCACUUGCAUCUCUUCUCUUCGUUGUUAUUUUCGGAGUCACUGUGCUGGUAAACCGUCAGAAGAAUGCCAAGGCAAAAGCACCUAUACCUCUUAGUGAGGACAUGCUUAGAGAACUAGACAAAAGUCACAUGGGAGGCUUUGACGACAUGCAUCAACUAAAAGAGAGAGAACUCCCUUAUCUACCCUCUGGAAAGCGUAUGUCGACUGCUUUCAUUGAGCAGCUAGCGUACCCUAACCCUGGGGACUCCUGGAGAUCUGAAUGGACUCCGCAAAUGCAGAAGUACAUGCAGCAUUACACUCCUGACUCGGGUCGGGGUUCCCAAUUAUACGGGGCAGCUGGAAACGGAUACGGGUAUGGCGGCGGGUCGCAGCUGUACGGGCAGACUGGCGGUGGCUCGCAGGUGUACGGCUACACGGGGGAGUACCCGCGCUCACACUAUAGCCGGCGUCGCUCCGACUACGACAGCAACUUCUAGAACAAAUUAUUUUUCACCUUAAAUUAAACACACUCUUUGACAAUAUAAAUCCUCUCAAACCUCAAGUCAAUAGUAAUUUAGCGCCAUUGAUUUCUUGGGUUCCUUCAUCAUUAACAUCGGCAACAGGUUGUGAAAUAUGUUUAUCAUCAUCGUCAUGAUAGUAGAAAGUAGUAAAUAGCUAUCAUAUAUCAGACUUUGUACGUAUUUUGUAAUGUAUGAUAUCCUUAUUUAACAGCUUUUCAGUCCGGCCUAAGGACUUUGUACAGUGCCAACCAAAAUAUUACGUUGCUUUUCGCAUAAAUUAAACAUCCACAUAUUGCGAUUAAAUAAAUAUAAAAAUUAUCUGCCAAAAUAUUAUAUUAACUAUACGACUGAUUGUGAGAUGUAAAUACUAUAGAUUAAGAACUCACUAAUAUUUUAAGUCGAAAUUAUUAGGAUAAGUUGUCAAUGAUUGAACAUUCGUGCGACUAUCUAUAUUUUGCUAAGUUUAUAUACUUAGAGGAAUGAAAUUCCAAUUUGAAGUUACACUUUAUUAUAUUGAAGGAGAAUUUGUGGGAGGAAAAAGGGAUAAUCGCACGCAUGUGCCAAUCCUCGGGAACGAAGUAAAUAUUUCUGUAGAUAUCUCUUCGCAUCUGUAUUUGCUCAGAACCUGUAGUGGAGCGUCAGCGGCCGUGUGUGAGCGUGAAACGCCUCUUUGUGCCAAAUGUUCGUUCGUCAUUGCGUGUAAAUAAAUAUUAUAUGAAUCAUAUUAACUUCGCAUAGAUGUCAAUAUUGUUUAGGCUUAUAAUUGUCUUUGUUGGGCUUCUGUGUUGCUAUUGUCUAGGCAAUUUUAUUAGAUCAGAAUGAAUAUCAUCAUCAUAUUUAUUUCGUAGAGUGAUAGAAUAUUAUGCAAUUGCUCUUGGGUAGAAUAAAUGCAGUUUAUUUAUGAAUAAUUGAGAAUAUUAUGAAAAUGUUGAAAAGCACUGCCACGUCGAUGACAUUUUAUAAUAAAUCUGACAUUAAUCCUUGUAAUAACUAACUAGAAAAUAGCAAAUUCAUUUGAUUGCACUAAGUAGUGGUAGUUCGUACGACUAAUGGGAGCUUUACAGGAAUUGUGUGUGCGACUACCCACUCAAUCUAAUGUAUAUUUGACGGAUUCGUGCUAUGAAUAAAAAUAAUUUAGAAGGGAACAUGAUUUAUUUACUACGAUUCUGAUAUUAAAAUAUUUCAAAUUAAAAUUUACAGUAAUCAAUUACUAACUUCAAAUAUACUACAAGUUACUGUAACGAGUUUAAACAUUAACCUUUUUCCAUUAUUCAUGUUUUUAAUGAUCAAUAGUUCAUUAUGAUGUCUGUCAUAAUUGUACAUUCCAGGAAUAAUUGUAGUAAUAAUUACGUAUUUACCUACCAAUUAGAUUAAGUACAUAAUAGAUGCAUGAAAAUUUGUGUAUAUAAAUCAAUUUUUGUACAUGUAGAUUUUUAAUUUAAUUAUUGGAUUAAUUAGUGACAAAUUAAAUUGUUAAGAUCCUGAAUAUAGACUUAAAAUGUGAACAAA